UAUGUAUAUAUAGAGACCGAAUGUUAGUUCAACAUUUGUUUAUUAAGAAAUACCUCAACAAUGAAGAUUGUGGCAAUUUUUAUUGUUAUCAUUUGUGGAGUUUCGGCUCAAAUACCUUUAUUUGGCUUUUGCCCAGAAUAUUUACCUAUGCCCGAUUUCGAUAUGGAGAGAUUUUUGGGUAAAUGGUAUGAAUCCGAAAGAUAUUUUCAAUUUUCCGAAGUGGCAAGUCGAUGUGUGGUCACAGACUAUGCUAGAUCAUCAAGUGGAAGAAUUUAUGUCUCCAACGAAGUAACCAACAGAAUAACCGGUGUUAAACGUAUAAUAGGCGGAAAUUUGGAACUAGUCGGAAAGGGAGAUGAAGGAAAAUUGAAUGUAAAAUAUGCAACUCAGCCACUUCCUACUGAAAGUCAGUUAACAAUUUUGGACACUGAUUAUGACAAUUAUGCAGUUAUUUGGAGCUGCAAUGGAUUUGGACCAGUUCACGCCCAAAGCGCAUGGUUGAUGACUAGGGAACGUCUACCACCAGGAUCAGUUUUACAAAAGGCAUAUGGAAUACUGGACAAAUUUAAGAUUAGUCGAACUUUCUUUGUCAAGACGGAUCAAGAGGGUUGCGCUAUUGCUGCAUCCGAAAUUAAUGCAGCGAAUGGAAUAACUCCUAUUUCUACAGUUCCAGAGGCUACGGGCGAUGAACAAAAAUCCUCUAAUAAUGACCAGACAAAUUAAUAUUUCAGUGUCAUACCUAAGUAUUAUUUAUUAUUAUUGUAUCCUUAUUUAAUAUUUAUUAAAUUAUAUUUAUUUGUGAUAAUUUGCCUCUUUCAUUCAAUUAAUUAUUGAGUAUU